AUGUCCAAGAUACUCACUGUCUUCGGAGCCACAGGCAACCAGGGCGGCUCCGUCAUCAAAUCCAUCCUCGCCGACCCGGUCUUGUCAAAGGAAUGGAAGAUUCGCGGCGUCACGCGCGACACCAGCAAGCCCGCUGCCCAGAAACUAGCGCAGCAGGGCGUAGAACUCGUCUCGGCCGACAUGUCCUCUGCGGAGGCUGCUCGCCCCGCCGUCACCGGCGCGCACACGGUGUUCCUGGUCACCAACUUCUGGGAGAGCAUGAGCCGGGAGACCGAAGUGGCGCAAGGAAAGGCCGUGACCGACGCCUGCAAGGAAGCGGGCGUGAAACACAUCGUCUUCUCCUCGCUGCGGAAUGUGACCGAGAUUACGAAUGGCCGGCUGCCGAACGUCAGCCACUUCGACGGCAAGGCCGAGAUUGAAGAGUAUAUCCGGGCGAGUGGCGUCCCUGCGUCUUUCGUGCUGCCGGGCUUCUAUAUGAGCAAUUUCUUCCAGAUGCUGAGCAAGCAGGAUGGCGUGUAUACGCUGGCCUGGCCUGUGGAUCUGGAUAAAGCGCAGGCGCCGCUGUACGAUGUGGCUGAGGAUACUGGUAAAUUCGUAAAGGCUGCGAUUAAGCACUACCCAUCGACUGUCAACCAGCGCAUCCUCGCUGCCACUGACUACUACUCGCCUCGGAGGAUUGUCGAGGAGUUUGCCGAGGUUACUGGAUACAAGGCUCAGGCCGUCAACGUGCCCCCGGAGGUGUUCAAAUCGUUCUUGCCGCCGCCUGUUGCGCAAGAGAUGCUUGAGAAUAUCUUGCUGCUCGAGGAGCCGGGAUACUACGCGGGAGAGUCUCUGGCUCCGUCUCAUGAGUUGCUCGAUGCGGAUGAUAAACCUGUUCAGUGGAAGGAGUUUGUGUCGCGUAACCAGGAGAAGUUCUGA